UUGGCAGGGCUUUUCCUUCCAGCGGAGCUGGUGGCAAGCUGGUGGUCCCUUUCAGUCUUCUACGUGCCGGAUUGACGUCAGAGGCAAAAAUCCGACAGUCUGGAGCCCUUGGCGAAAGGAAUAAUGCUGUGAGCAUGUCUGCGCACUCCAUGCUUUGUGAACGAAUCGCCAUAGCCAAGGAGCUGAUCAAGAGGGCAGAGUCACUCUCUCGAUCAAGAAAAGGCGGCAUAGAAGGUGGAGCCAAGCUGUGCAGCAAGUUGAAGGCCGAGUUGAAAUUCUUACAGAAAGUAGAAGCUGGCAAAGUUGCUAUUAAAGAGUCCCACUUGCAGAGUACCAACCUCACACACCUGCGGGCCAUCGUGGAAUCGGCGGAAAACCUGGAAGAAGUUGUGAGCGUCCUUCAUGUCUUUGGGUACACCGAUCCUUUGGGAGAAAAGCAAACCCUGGUGGUGGAUGUGGUCGCGAAUGGCGGUCACACGUGGGUGAAGGCCAUUGGCAGGAAGGCUGAAGCUCUGCAUAACAUCUGGCUGGGCAGGGGUCAGUAUGGCGACAAAAGCAUCAUCGAGCAGGCGGAAGACUUUCUCCAAGCCAGUCACCAGCAGCCGGUGCAGUACAGCAAGCCUCACAUCAUCUUUGCAUUUUACAACAGUGUCUCCAGCCCCAUGGCAGAGAAGCUGAAGGAAAUGGGCAUAUCGGUGAGAGGAGACAUAGUGGCCGUCAACUCUCUGUUGGAUCACCCAGAAGAGCUGCAAGCGAGUGAGAGUGAGUCAGACGACGAGGGGCCAGAACUCCUGCAGGUGACCAGGGUAGACCGAGAAAACAUACUUGCAAGCAUCGCGUUUCCCACCGAGAUCAAGGUGGACGUGUGCAAGAGAGUGAAUCUGGACAUUACGACUUUAAUCACCUACGUAUCUGCCCUUAGCUAUGGGGGUUGCCACUUCAUCUUCAAAGAGAAAGUGCUCACAGAACAAGCAGAGCACGAGAGGAAAGAGCAGGUCCUGCCCCAGCUGCAGGCGUUCAUGAAGGACAAGGAACUGUUUGCCUGUGAAUCUGCAGUCAAGGAUUUUCAGUCUAUUUUAGAUACUCUGGGAGGACCCGGGGAGAGAGAGAGGGCCACCAUGCUGAUUAAGCAGAUUAAUGUGGUCCCAGACCAGCCUUCCGAGCGUGCCUUGAAACUAGUGGCCAGUUCGAAGAUUAAUACCCGCUCAUUAACCAUUUUUGGGACGGGAGACACCCUAAAAGCCAUUACAAUGACUGCCAAUAGUGGUUUUGUCAGAGCUGCAAACAAUCAGGGGGUGAAAUUCAGUGUAUUUAUCCAUCAGCCCAGAGCACUUACCGAGAGUAAGGAGGCUCUAGCCACUCCUCUACCAAAAGAGCAUAGCGCUGACAGUGAACACUAAUGUCCUUCCCAGUGUUCUUGUGGAAAUGAGUUACUAAUACCAAAGGCUGGGUCUUUCCAUCUAAAACGGGAAGAAAAGAGACCUAUUGUGAAAAUAAUACCUAGAGCUUUGGAGCCAGUAGCGUUUUCUCGUGUGUAUCACGUGUAUUUGAGAGCCUAUGUCCUCAAACAGUAGGGAAGCACAGUGACAGCCUUAUUACUCAAAAUCGAUAUCCUAGCAGUUUAGAGAAGGUACGGCUUGUGGCUGUCUAAGUACACUGCUGUGUGUGCUGCUACCCCCCUCCUGGUCAUCACACUUCAUAAAGUAUGGCUACCCUGCAUCUUGCAUUACAUGUCUAGAGAAAAUUCUCAUGGCUGUUUUUCACUGUAUUGGUUUAUUAGUUAAUAUAAGUUGAGACUGGGAGAUAAUAGUCAAUACUUCAUUUUAGAUUCCAAAGCCAAUGGCCAUUACUACUAAAAAUGGAGUGAGUGCCAUGUGUCAGCAUAGAGUGUUGGGUAUAUUUACGAAAGUUGAUACUACAGAAAAAUGGAAAUAAAGUGCAUUUUGAACAUA